AUGAACCAGGAGCAUGGAGAGAGAGUUGAGCAGAGCCAACCAGGCUCCGCCGCAUCAGCCACGCCCCCUCCUCCUCCCCCUUCUGAGACUAGCGGCCCCCAGUUCCCCGCCCACAGCACCUCUGAUCAUGAACCACCCAGACAGCGUGAAAAUUUUAACGUGACAGAGAUAAGGCGUCCUUUUGUUGUUACUCCCCCCACCCCCGGCAACGUGCCCGACCUAGCUUUAUUUUACGCAAGUGUGAUGCAUAUGCUUAUGGAGCUGGCUGACGCUGCGCGAGGAUUGGCCGGUCGCGGUGACGUUGUACAGUUGGAAUUAGCAGGAGGGGGGUUCUCGCACCACGUGAUCAUUCCUGUCGGGGAUGAAAAUGAUGACAGCUUUCUACCGGCGUUUACGGAUUUUUUGGAUGAUGUUGUACAGUCCAACGCAGAGCUUCCAGAAAAUAACAAUCUGGAGCUUAUUCUCCAGGUUGUGAGGAAUCCCUCUGGAGGGGUGAAACGCAGGUUGGAGAAAACGUUGGACUGUGAGUUGAUUAAUAAAAAGAAACGUCAUUUGUAUCUUGUGAACAAUGCAGAAAACCAGUUAUGCUUUUCCAUCAGUCUGGCCCAUGUCAAUAAUCCUUGUUUAACAGACAGUGAAGCCGCAGUCCAGGGAGAGCAGUGGCAACUCAUGGCAGGUUUGACUGUAGAUACCCCCGUUAAUUUCUGUGAUAUCAAUAAAUUUGAGAGGAUAGUGAAGAGGAAGAUUGUUGUGUUUUAUAGAAAGGGCGAGAACAAUUUACUGUGUAAAUUUGAGACAGACUUCCCUGACCGUUCAAACCCCCUCUUCUUAUUCCUGAUGGGCAACCAUUACUACGGAAUAAGGAAUCUCACUGGCUUUACUGGGGCAAAAUACACAUGUAGUUAUUGUUACAUCGGUUACGAUCGGCCCGAAAGCCACAGCUGUGAAGGCUUCUGCCCCAUUUGUCACGACCCCGGAUGUCAUCUCAGGCCUUUAAGAUCUGUGCAGUGCGCGGAGUGCAAUCGGAUUUGUCAUGAUUCGAUUUGUUUUGAUAAACACAGAGAGCCCCGCCUCAGACCCCGGUUGGAGAAGUUUAGAAGUCAUUGCGAAACCAGUAAAUUCUGCCUGAUCUGUAAAAGACUUUAUCAUGUCCCCGGCUCUCGAGAACAUUUCAUUCACGAAUGCUCGGUAAAAUGCAGAGUUUGCGGUGAGAAAUUACCUCGUGAUGUUGAUGUGACGCUAAACGAGCAUCAAUGCUUCAUUCAACCCUGCCUCACCGAUGAGGGUUUAGACGAUAAACUGGUUUUUUACGAUUUUGAAUCGUUCAGCAAUCAGAGCGGCGUGCACGUUCCUUUCCUGGUAUGCACUAAAACGUUAAAAGGGGAAGUUUGGUACUCUUAUGGGUUGGAUUGUGUUAAACAGUUUCUGCUUCACUUCAGAAGACCCGCAUACAGAGGUUACACAUUCAUUGCUCAUAAUGCACGUGGGUAUGAUAGUUAUCUAAUCCUGAGUGUCGCGGUCAAGAUGGGUAUUACACCGUCUCUCAUUACGCAGGGGAGUAAAAUCCUCUGUUUCACAGACGCCGAUUUCAAUCUGAAAUUCAUAGACAGUCUGUCAUUUCUAACCAUGAAACUCAGCGCCAUGCCAAAAGCCUUAGGUUUCGAUGAUCAGAGUAAAGGAUUUUUUCCUCACUUAUUUUCUUCACAGGCGAAUCUGAACUAUUCAGGAGCCUACCCCCCACCCUCUUGUUACGCUGCGGAGCUCAUGACCCCUGCUGAGCGUCUGCGGUUUGACGUGUGGUACAAUGAAGCGAGCAAAGGUUCAUUCGACUUUCAGAAAGAAGCUCUUCAUUAUUGUAAGAAUGAUGUCGAGAUUCUUUACAAGGGUUGUGUGAAGUUCAGAGAGGAGUUUUUUAAGGAGACAAACGUGAAUCCUUUUAAAUGUAUUACAAUCGCCUCUGCAUGCAUGAAGGUUUUCACCUCCAAUUUCCUCCCUGCAAAGAGUUUAGCCAUCCCGUCAGCAGUCGAUUACAGGCGUCAGUGUAAGACAUUUUCCAGCGCCUCCAUUCACUGGCUGGAAUGGGAAGCGCGGAAUAGGGGUGUUAACAUCCAGCAUGCGUUAAACAGGGGGGAGCAGAGAAUAGGGCCAUAUUUUUUGGAUGGGUACGCAGAGAUAAAAGGUAUUAAAACUGCUUUCGAGUUUUAUGGGUGUCUGUACCACGGGUGCCCCCGCUGCUUCAUGCCUAAUCACACUUGUCCCCUGCGGGGCGUUUCGUUUGAAGCGCUGCAUACUGCCACACUUGAGAGAGAGAGGGCGCUGCAGUUUGUGUACGGCCUUGAUCUGCAGAUCAUGUGGGAGCAUGAUUGGCUGGAGAUGAAAUCGACACACUCUGGUGUGAUCAACUUCCUCCAGAGCUUCAGCACCCCAACCCCCCUCUGCCCGCGAGAAGCUUUGUAUGGGGGGCGGACCUGUCCACUACGCAUGCGUUACACGGCGGGGGAUUGUGAAACCGUUCAUUACGUGGAUUUCACCAGUCUUUAUCCGUACGUGAACUGUAGCUUCCCCUACCCCCUGGGUCACCCUAAAAUAAUCUACAAAGAUUUUGACGACCCUCGCAAUUAUUACGGGUUCAUCAGAGCCACCGUGUACCCUCCAAGGGGCCUGUAUUUCCCCGUUCUGCCUCACAAGACAUCUGCGGGGAAACUGGUUUUCACUCUGUGCCGCGCAUGCGCGGAAAUCAACAAUCAGGAAGGUCCCUGUUCGCACUCUGACCAAGAGAGGGCGCUGACUGGUGUUUGGGUUACUACAGAAUUUUCAAAAGCUUUAAAUAUGGGUUAUAGGACUGCAAAAAUCACUGAAGUCUGGCAUUUUGAGAAACAGAGCAGCACAAUCUUCAAAGAUUAUAUCCACACUUUCCUAAAGGGUAAGCAGGAGGCUUCAGGCUACCCGGCUGAUGCGGCGGAUGAGGAGAGCAGGUUGAAGUAUAUAGAGGACUACAGGGUUAAUCAAGGCAUCCGGUUGAAUCCAGACAAGAUCGAGGUGAAUCCGGCUAAAAGACAGGUGGCGAAACUGUGUUUGAACAGCUUUUGGGGGAAAUUUGCGCAAAGAAAAGACCUGCCUCAGACCACCAUUGUGAGUAAACCCGAGGAAUUUUUCAACUUUAUGUUCUCAGGUAAAUACACACUCAGCUACUUUCAUUUCCUGACAGAUGAAACGUGUAUGAUUCAAUGGAAAUACAACAGGCGUUGCAUUUACCCACCCAACAAGGUGAAUAAUGUGUUUAUUGCCGCAUUCACUACCGCAUAUGCUCGUUUAAAAUUGUACAGCUGUCUCGAGCGCGUGCAGGAAAAAGUCCUGUACAUAGACACCGAUAGUCUUAUCUAUGUGGUAAAAGAGGGGGAUGCACCCCUUGAACUGGGUAAUUAUCUGGGGGAUUUGACUGAUGAGCUUGCAGGAGAUACAAUUAAAGAGUUUGUGGCAGCAGGACCCAAGAGCUAUGCAUACCAGACCAGAGACCGGAAGAAGGUGGUGAUGCGCGUUAAAGGUAUCACUCAAACUCAUGAGUCUAGCCAAAGGGUGAACUUUGACAGUGUUAAAGAACUGGUUGAAAAUUAUCUGCAGGGGUCUAGAGGAGAUGUGUUAUCAGCGCCUCAACGUACCAUUAGGAGAGAUAAGAAAGGCUUUCAGCUUCAAAAUGCAACAUUCCAGAAAAAGUUCCGCGUGGUGUAUGACAAGAGAAGGCUCUUUGCAGACGGGUCAACUCUGCCUUUUGGUUACUAA